AUGUUUGCAGAUAUCAAGGACUCCCUGAUGCAGGCGCUGGCGAGCUACGUCUGUUACCCACAAUCCCUCAGGGCGGUGGAGCGAAUCCCCGAGGAACAGCGCGUGGCGAUGAUGAGGAACCUGCUGGCCCCCUACGAGCAGCGGCCCUGGGCUCAGACCAACUGGAUCCUGGUGCGCCUCUGGAGGGUGAGACAACCUCAGAAACUACAUUUCCCAUCAGCCCCGGCUCCACUCGGGCUCCAGUUUAUUUAAUGCAGGAAAGGAUAGCAAACA